AUGAUGGUCCAUUUUUCACACGAUAUGUGGGAAAAUAACCGAGCUGAUGGAAAAAGUAAGCUUAAAAUAAAUGCUGUGCCGACAAUAUUCGGAAGUGAAGCAAAGAUGAUCAAGAGUUACCACAAAAAUGUCAGAUCUGCUUUACGAAAUGAUGAUGCUAGACCUGCUUCACGAAAUGAUGAUGCUAGACCUGCUUCACGAAAUGAUGAUGCUAGACCUGCUUCACAGAAUGAUGAGAUGGGUUAUGUUCAUGAAGAUGAUCUAUCAGUACAAAAUGAAAAAAGAAAUAAUGAUUGUGAGAAUGAAUUGCAAGUAGCCCGAAUAAAAUUAAGAGUAAGAUUAAGAGUAACGGAUAUAGAAAUAGAACUUAAACUAGAGUUAGUGGAUAUGGAAUUGGAAUUGGAAUCAGAGAAGAAUUCGGAUAUAAGAUCUGAGCUCUAA